AUGCAGACGCAAGUUGACCAAGAUUCGCGGACUCUUUAUGGUUAUCUUCUAAACAGCCUCGAGAAGACAGUCUCUCCUGAAGCACGCUCUAGAAUUGAGGCUCUUGUUCGGGAGUUUUCAUCUUUCAAGGAUACGGAGAAGAUUCUCUGUGCACUAUUACUGCCGGCAGAACCGCAUGGGAGCGGCGUCCCAGCCCUUGUAGAGGAUGAUAUUGGUCCCAAUGGAUUCGAAGUCAACAGCCUUGGGGUUGGAAUCUUUGGUGGGUCGGGCUGUUCAUCCUCUCUCCAUUUGUCAAAUCAAGUUGAACAAAGUCAGGCAUACACGUGGAUAAUGUCUCAUCUGGAGGAGGAUUCUUCAACUUGUCUUAGGAAAGAUGAAGUAUAUGAGGACUACAGGGCAUAUUGUGAGAAGCAUAAUCAGAAAACCCUCAACACGGCCGACUUUGGGAAGGUGAUGAAGCGAGCAUUCCCCAAUGUUAGACCUCGGCGACUGGGGCAAAGGGGUCAAUCAAGAUACUGUUAUGGAGGUAUGCGCAAGAAACUUGAGGUUCAGGCACCCUCUCUUCCCGAUUUGACACUAGAGCUCUCUGCUCCAUCCGCCACCAGCAAUUUUCGUAGCGGUUCAUCUUCCGUCUCCUCCACUGAUGAACAACGUCUCAGCCAACAUGAGGUUUCACCUGCUUGGCCCACCGAAGAGGUGCGUACAGUCCUUGGUGUCACUGGUCCUAUUCUGGCCGACGUAGUCCGAAUCAUUCUUGAAUAUGCUCGAACUGUUCUUGGCACUGAAUUCACCUCACUGCUACACUUUGCUCAACGCCUUGUCUCCGACCGAUAUGUUACCGCGCACUCUCGACACGCUUUUGCGCUCAUCGCUCACUUCACCAAUAGCUCUGCUAACCCCCCUACCACUGCAACCCAUUCCAGUCUUUCGAACAUCCUUCUUACUCCUUCUGCAGCUGGUGCUGGAGCCUUUGCUGAGGUGCUUCAGAAAGGCAUGUAUGGGCAAAUGUACAGACAGUCUCUUGAAUCUUAUCCCCAAUUUUCUGAGAACGCUGCUUCUACUGUUCUCAAGCCAUCGACACCUCGAUCAUCUCCCAUUGUUUCAGGGAAGGACGGUUUUCUAAAGAAAGAAGAGACUGAACAAAAUCCAUCUGCUGGUGUGGAUGUUGCAAGUGUGGGGAAUAAUCCCUCACCGUCAGGGCGCGUCAACAGCGCAGGUAGCACGGCUUCGUCGUCGCACUCUCAAACACCUCCAGUGACGACGGCAACAGUAAACCAAAUGGGUGCUGGCGGUGCUGGUAGUGGCACCCUUCCUUAUCGCACUCCAGUAAUCACUGUUGCUGGUGGUAUGCCAGCGUCAGCCUAUCAUAUAUCUCCCUCUUCUCAUUAUUCGUUCCCCCUAACUCAGUUUCCGUCUACCUCAAACUCAGCUCUCCAAACUCCAGCUACAAAGUCUGCGCUUCCAAUCACGCAAUCUACGGACGGUUAUCCUGGCACACCACCUUAUCUCAGUCAACGGCAUCAGCAGCCUUACGCCCAUUCUUCUUCCACGGAUCACAGGCGGGCAAGCUUCUCCGAUAAUCCGGCUUCUUACUUGACCCCAGUAACCUGUACCAAUAAUUACUGUGCUUCAACUCCAACCACGCCCUAUUCCAAUCGUGGUUUGGAUGUCUCUAGUUCGUAUACCUCAUAUGCUGCGGGGGGACCUUUUGCUCCGCAGACGACUGGUCCGUCUAGUUCCCUUCAAUCACAGCCUCCGGCUCCUCCAAUAGGCAGUGGUCGGAGUCCCUACGCUACUAUUUCUUAUAAACAUCCAACCACUCAGUUGCCAAUGGACGCCCCUGGUGCUCACGAGCCCACAGUUCGAGUCCACUUGGGUAGUGUAAGUCCAACGAAGCAUAUGAACUUCUUCAGUCUCUCAACUGGAACGCAAAGCACAGGAGGCUACGAAACGCGCUACCAGCACCGUGCUACAGUUUCCCCCGUCUCCAUUACCGCUCCAAGUGCUCCUGUCCAAUCUAACACCAGCUACUAUCCUAGUCGCUAUAGCAAUUUUACUGUAAUGAGUCCAGCUACUCCUGGUCAGUCAUCGCCUAAGUUGUCUUCGACUUCAAUGGGAGGCGAGACCACUUCUUCAGGUCAAUCCUCGUGGCAGUCGCUGAAGAGACCAAAUAUGGUGAGGCCAACCUCAUCCUUCGAACCUGAUACAAGUGAUGAUCCCUUUAACUAUGAUAACCUUCCUCAUCUGGGUGCUUCACCCUGCCCGCCAGAAAUCCCACCCAGCUCUCCUACUGAAUUCCUCUCUUUCUACUCCGCUGGGAACGCUGCUCGACGAAAAGAAACUCAGGACACGACGGAAGAUCUUGACCGCACUCUAACCAACCUCUCACCUGACAUCAGCGUAAACGUGACAAACAAAAGUAAAUCCAGUCAACCUUUACAUGUUCACAUCGGUCAAGAUGAUGGCAACGACGUCGAGGUUGUGCGGAAACGUGAAGCACUGCACGAUGCACUGUUGACUCCGUCUGGUGAAUCAGCUAGUGCGAAAACCUCACCGCCGAUGACCCCUCGGGAGGGGUACAGUACACCUCACUCAGGUGGCAAUGGACUCGAUACUUCUUCAUCCUCUACCAAUCCUUCUGCCCAAAAACGGCCCACUCCCUCUGAUAGCAAUGUGGGGGGGUUGUGA